CCCCGCCCUGGAGCUCAGCGCUGAAGAGCCUCCUCAUUAUUAAUCAGAAUUCUCAUCGUUAUCCUUGGCAGGCGCAGCCUCCAGCGGGGACCGCAGAAGCAUCACAGUGCAGGGGUGAGAUGUGCGUGGGGCUUGUUUUUGUUACAUCUUGGAAGAGAAGAGGACUGUACCAGGAUCAGCAUCUUCCGUGCUGGGUGGGAUUCGGAGUGGUUUGUUAGAAGGGAGAAGGACUAAGAAGUGGAGUGCUGGGCCCGCCAGAGGUCCACAUCCCUUUAAAGCAAAAGGAAGAGGGAGCCACAUCUGGAUGUUGUUUUUUAGGGAACAGGGAAGAAGUUUCUAUCCUUCAUAGAAAACCUGUGGGGAAGCAGGAGCAACAGGGUAAUUGAUUGGACACCCAGAGAAAUAAUUUCCUGUGAAGAAGAGGAAGCAGGCGGCAGCUGGAGUGUGGUGGUGGCCAGGGCUAGGUUUGUUGUGGGACAGUCAGCAAGGUCAGCAAGAGGAAGGGAAGCCUGAGGAACAGGCAGAACAAUGACUCAUUUACAAGCUGGUCUCUCUCCUGAGACCCUGGAAAAAGCUCGCUUGGAGCUCAAUGAGAACCCAGACACCCUCCACCAGGACAUCCAGGAGGUGAGGGAUAUGGUCAUCACCAGGCCGGACAUUGGCUUUCUGCGCACGGACGAUGCCUUCAUCUUGCGCUUCUUGAGGGCCAGGAAGUUUCAUCACUUUGAGGCCUUCCGUCUCUUGGCCCAAUACUUUGAGUAUAGGCAGCAGAACCUGGACAUGUUCAAAAGCUUCAAGGCCACUGACCCUGGCAUCAAACAGGCCCUGAAGGAUGGCUUUCCCGGGGGCCUGGCCAAUCUGGACCACUAUGGCAGGAAGAUUUUAGUGCUUUUCGCUGCCAACUGGGAUCAGAGCAGGUACACACUGGUGGAUAUUUUGCGUGCCAUCUUACUUUCUUUGGAAGCCAUGAUUGAAGAUCCUGAGCUUCAAGUGAAUGGAUUUGUUUUGAUCAUAGACUGGAGUAACUUCACCUUCAAACAAGCCUCUAAACUUACACCAAGCAUGCUUCGAUUGGCUAUCGAAGGCCUUCAGGAUAGCUUCCCAGCACGAUUUGGAGGAAUUCAUUUUGUCAAUCAACCAUGGUAUAUCCAUGCCCUAUAUACUGUUAUUCGACCUUUCCUAAAGGAGAAGACUAGGAAAAGGAUAUUUUUGCAUGGAAAUAAUCUGAACAGCCUACACCAACUAAUUCAUCCUGAGAUCCUGCCCUCUGAAUUUGGGGGAAUGCUACCCCCUUAUGACAUGGGAACAUGGGCCAGAACACUGCUAGACCACGAAUAUGAUGAUGACAGUGAAUACAACGUGGACUCCUACAGCAUGCCUGUGAAGGAAGUAGAAAAGGAACUGUCCCCCAAGUCCAUGAAGAGAUCUCAAUCAGUAGUGGAUCCUACAGUACUAAAACGCAUGGAUAAAAAUGAGGAAGAAAACAUGCAACCUUUGCUCUCUCUGGACUGAUCACUUCUCCCCAUGGAUUAGAAAUGGAAGGUACUUGUGUUCAGCAACAGGGACAGCACUGUGGAGGAAUUACCAGCUGGGUAUUUACUUAAUCAUGUUAAUGUAGCAUAGUAUAUAAUAAGGCAUCAGGCUUUCCGAUUAGCCUGAACCAUGGGUGCCCUGCUCUGGGUUAACAAAAAAAGUCAAUAAUUUAUUCUGUAAGUGCCAAGUUCUUUGUAAAUACAGUGUAAUCUUCAUGUCAACUUUGUAAAUUUUGGUAGUAACUUAAACUGCAAAAGAUUGGCUCAUAAGUUCACGCCAGUGUUAUGAACUAUAAGAAAACACAGAAAAGACACAUGAAGAGUCCACGCUCAUUAAAUGCAGCCGUUUCCUAUGAAGCCAUAUUUCAGCUAUCAUAGUGAUUGUUUCCUUGUUUUCCUCUGAGACUCUGUCAUGUUCAAAUGUACUUUUAAUGGGCACAGGGAACUAGAUGAUUCUAGGAAAUUAUCAUGAUAAAUGUAUUUUCUGUCUAGUGACUUUCAUUUCACAGAAAAUGUGUCCUAGCAACUAUCAGACUAUCACCGGCCUUGCAUUUUUGAAACAAAGAAUGACAGAUAAGUUAGCAAACUGAACACUUGAACUCUUUCAUGGUGUUUGAAUCCUAGAGUUUUCUGUAAAGAUGUGUUCCCUCUAUUAAGAUGUGUAAUUCUGAAAGAGAGCAGAUUCUUUUUAAACUGCUGUCUUCACAGUGGGAAUUCAAGUCCCUAUUAUAUCUCUAUUAGAGGUACUUGAAGAGCAUUAAAAACAAAAAUAAACUCCUUGAUCAAAAGAAAAAGAACUAACAUGUGAAUAGUAUUUGACAGCUAAAUUUGAGCAUAAAAUUUGCCAUUUACAGAUUAGGGGCUAAUUUCUAAUUCUUGU